CAGAUACAUUCCAGCAAUGUAUUUAACCCAGUUCUCUGAGGCAAGCAGAAGGGCAUAUACACACACUAGAUUUUUGUAAAACGAAAUAAGGGAAAAGUCUUUUCUCUGAAUAAUUGAGACUUCAGUGGCAAGUACAUUGGGGGAUACCCACAAAUUUUCAACAAAAGCCAGAUCAUGAUCUGAUUGCAGUGCCGCUCAUUUGUGGUGGAAUGUUCGUUAUUUGUUUGGAAACCCAUCUAGUUAAACUCUGAGGUAGCAUGGGCAGGUGCAACAACUACCUAGAGAGUUCUGGUUGCUUUGUUUAAAAUCUAUGGACUGUGUUAUAAUGUUUGUUAUGAUGUGAUUGUUCCUGAUCUUCGUAAGGACACAAAACUACUGGGAUGAAUUUCCGGGGCUGAGGUGUUUGAAAGCACGCCAACAGGGCUAGCUUGCGCGUUAGAUAUACAUAUAUAAGCAAAUUAACACAGAGACAUUUCCACCAGUAAUUCCACACUCCACAACCCCCAAAAAGAUCAACCAAUAAAUUAAAGUUGAAUUGUACAAACAUCCAUCAGGUUGAAAAGGACGUGGCUCCUAUUUCAGCAGUUAAGGAAGCAUAUUUAGUUUGCCUAACGAGCACUGUUUUUGCAUGCAGUGGAAAGGCAGACGCAAUAAAACCCAUAACACAGUUCCAUACAUCGCAGAGUUCAUCAGAGUCUUUUCAUUUAAAAGUGAAUAAGUAAUCACACCACCUCAGACUUCAGGAUGGACAGGACAAAGCUGCUGCUGUUAUGUAUCGCUGUCUUUCUUCAAGGUGUAACAGCAAAGCCACUAGAAGAUAAGAAUCCAGAUGCUCCAUAUCUUGGUGAGAAUGCAGUGAAGGGGAAUAUGCAGCUUCCUGAAUCACUUAAGGAGAUGAAAGUAAUUGAACCACCCGAAGAGAAGGAAGAUACAGUAAUCAUUAUUCCACAAAUGCUGGUAUAUGCAAACAGAAAACAUGACAUAGACCACCAGUCUGAGCAUGGAGAAGAUAAAGGCAAACCUAACUAUCCCAACAUAUGGGAGCAAGAGGUUAUUCCAAAAAGUGAGAGGGGUCUCCUGACAGAGAAGAAUAUAGCUGAAAAUGCAAAUAAAAUUGGAGAUUUGAUAAAAGAAAAAGCUGAUCAGAGCUACCAGUCCGGGAAGGCUGUUCUCCAGAAGGUAGCAGUGAAUGAACCUGAAGAUGACAGAGACCAUAUUUAUCACAGUUACAACGCUGUUCCAAGGCAGGAUGUUGCCAAAAUUCCUGUUCUUGAAAGAACUGUUGCAGUUAAUGAACCUGAAGAAGACCGUGACAGCAUAUACCAUGCUUUACCUGACGCCCUUCCACAGGCUGUGAUUAAGCUGCCAUUUUCUAAUGGAGCACGCAUCGUUGACAAAGACCAAGAAGACACCAUCAAAGAGAGAAUCCAGAGUCCCUUAAGUGGCAUCCAUUAUGUACCUUUGGAGGGCCCAGAAGAAGAUCGUGAUCAUAUAUAUCACAACUUCCCAGCAGCUCCACAGAUACAUCAGGCAAGGCUCCAGUGGCCCCAGUAUGAACCAAAGAAUGAACCUGAAGAAGAUAGGGAUCACAUCUAUCAUUCCUGAAAAUAUCUGUGGGCCACAUAUUUCUCCCGUUUCUAGUCUGUAUACCAUGCAGCCCUAUAUAUAUUAAUAAUGUUGAUAUGAUUUAUAUCCCCCACACCUUGGCAAAAACUAUAAAUAUAUCAUAAAUUCUGUGUAGUGACUACUUUUGUUUUUGGCUUUCUCUUUAGAGACAUAGACAAGCCAGUUUACAUGUAGUAACUCAUUAUACCCAGACAGUAUAUGGACUUUUUUAAACCAUGAUCAUAAGGGCAUCUAUAAACUUUCUUUAAGCCACUUAAUAUGUGUUCACAUAGUGUUCCAGUGCCAGCUUUUCUCUGUUCAUACAUUUGCUCUGUUUCUACUUGAACAGCUUGCAGAAUUUUAAUAAGCAUAUAUAUUUUUUCACAUUUCGCCAAAGAACCACUGAUUUUCCAUAGUGAUCCCAACUAAACAGUAUUAGUAUUGUACAGCAGAUUACCUGUACUGCCAAGAGGCAUAGCCAAGGGCCAGAACUUAAAAUGGAAUCGGGACAGGUAAAUGCACAUUUUUGCAUCAUUAAAAAAUGGACCCAAACAAAAAUUAAGGCUGAUCACGUCUAGUUACACUCAGGAUUAAUGAAAUGCCAGUGUGCCAGUGAGAUGUGUAUGCUUUACUUGAGUUAAAGAACUAGACUUCAAGAACAAAAGUUAUACAUGUUUGUAUUCAUUUCAGUGACUUGUUUCAGGUGAUCUAAUGCAAGUCAUCAGUUAAUCACUUCAGUUCUGUCUAAGACAUUUGUAGGGUUCAUACUGCAGUAUCUUUUUUUUUUCAUUUGAAAGCUUCAGUUGUGAUUCAUUUAUACAAUACAACAGACAGCCCAACUAGCAGAACAUCAGGUUGACAUAGAAAAGUCUGCAGCUGGCCUGGCUUUUAGCUAUACUCAUUUAUACUGUGUGAGCUGCAUAUGUAUUUGUACAUAAAAAGGCACUGUUCAAAAUAUAAUGAUGCUUUUUUUAAAUGAAUUAAGUUGUGCACUUUCAUUAACAACUAAUCAAUUACUGUUGCUUAACCACAGAAUUCUGUGUCAACACAUUCUAGUCUGUCUCUCUUCUCUCUACCUUUCCUCCUACAAGACAGCAUCCAUAUAACUAAACAACAAAAAAGACAGGGCACAUGUUAUUAGGAAUUAACUUCACUCCUAAUGUGGGUCAAGAAACAAUAUAAAAUGUAGUGUUUUGACAUUCCAUGCUGUGACAUUGCUAUUACACAAUGGCUCAUUUCUAAUACUAAUCUUUUUUUUCUAUGCUUUGUCUGAGAAAAGAGGUUAUUGUGCAACAUUGUCACUGUACAUGACACUCAUUAAAAAGUCAGGUUUCUUGAAUACAUAUUGCCAUUUUAAAGUACACUACAUAUUCAUGCAUUCAAACUGAUAACUGUAAUGAUGUUCCAAUCCAUCAUGUACAAGCUAAGCUGCUACUUUCCCCUCUUAAUAUGUAAGUCAUUAAUUUAAAGUCCUGUCACACACACAGCUUUAUUAGCUCAGUACAGAAAGUAUAGAAUGUAGGCCUCUAGAUUUUUUAAGCAAAACAUUCAAACAUACGUUGUGCAAUGAAAUAUCUUUGAGCAAGCCAAGCCAACACCAAAUAAGUAUAAAAAAGCCAGAACACAAAGCUGGAUUAAAUCCAUGGAGAUAUAACACUUCCAAUAGAUAUUAAUGAUAUCUGAUUUAAUCUUUUUAAUUAAGAAGCCUGGUCUUCUUGUCAACUUUUGAAAUUAAGGCCCAGUGUGCAAUGUUUUAUACAAUGAAGCAUUCUGUUUGAACAUAAUGGCUGCAGUCUGAUUUAACACAAGUUUUGUAGGUUGUGCUGCAACUUUUUCUUUUGCUACUGAUUUUACGUUAAAUUUACAAAUGAAGGGAGCUUAUCCAGUCCAGACUUUGUGAAUCAUAUUCUUUGUAUAUUUGAUUUAAGUGCAUAUUAAUAAAAUUUGAAAGGGUGUUUCUCUUA